AGGGAGGAGCGACCAGAGAGUGCAGCCGAGCUGAGCAUCACAUCCCGCAUUCAAGGAAACGGGCAAACACAGCACUUUUUUGACUUUCCAUAAUGUUCUAGUCUGCGUACAGCCCACCUCUCCAAUAAGAAUAAAUACAUAUAUUUGGUUCGGACACUUAUGGAGGCCGUGUGUCUUUGAAGAGCUGGGAAUCAGUGAAGGGAGACCCCCCCAUUUGUUUCCUGCGCCAAGAACUGUAAAGACAUGGUCACUACACCGCAUCUGUGAUGAACAGCAAGCAGUGAGGAAGUGCCAGAGGAUGCUCUUGAUCUGAGGGAGAUCUGCAGAGCCAACUGGUGCCCAUCAUGUCUCACCUCCAACACUACCAGCGAGGCACCCACGGCCGCACCAUGAGCUCUGAGGACCGGAGCUUCACGCCGGUCAACAAAACCGCCACGCCGGUCCACAAGAGCGCAUCCUCCUCUUCUUCCUCCCAGCGCGACAGCCGGCAGGAGGCAGACAGCUGGGAAAUCAUUGAGGGGCUGAAAAUCGGCCAGAGCAACGUCCAGCGGCCCGAUAAACACGAGGGGUUCAUGUUAAAGAAGCGGAAAUGGCCCCUGAAAGGCUGGCACAAGCGUUUUUUUGUUCUGGACAAUGGUAUCCUGAAGUACUCCAAGUCCCCUAUUGAUAUCCAAAAAGGCAAGCUUCAUGGCAGCAUUGACGUCGGCCUCUCAGUCAUGUCCAUCAAGAAGAGAGCCCGACGCAUCGACCUGGACACGGAGGAGCACAUCUAUCACCUGAAGGUCAAAUCUCAAGACAUCUUUGAUGCUUGGGUCUCCAAGUUGCGCCAUCACCGGCUUUACCGACAGAACGAGAUUGUGCGAUCUCCCCGGGAGGCCCCCAUGCGGACGUUUCCUCCCCCAUCUGCUGCCAUGGAGUCCCCUCAACCUGCCUCGAGUGUGGUACGUGAAGCCAAGCAGGCCAAGCCGAGCAGCUUGCCGUGGCAGCCGGUUGCCCCGAGCAGCAACAGCAGCCUGCCGGCCUCCUACAGCAACGGCCAGAGCAAGGUGGUUGCUUGGCUGCAGGAGUCAGAGGAGAUGGACAAGUGUGCAGAGGAGCUCUCGCGAUGCCAGUCCAACCUGACCGAAUUGAGCCGGCUCCUGCAGAGUUUGGAGAUUCUUCAGAGGACACAGUCAGCACCCAACUUCACAGAAAUGCAGACCAAUUGUGUAGAAUUGUCAAAGAAAGAAAAGCGCUUGAACAGAAGAUGGAGAACAAAAAGUGUGGGCAAAGACGCAAAAUACCAGCUUCAGGUCCCUCUGUCUGCCAGUAUGUCCCCCGUCCGCCUCCACUCGUCCAACCCCAACCUGUGUGCCGAGCUGGUGGACUUUCAAGCCCCUGUCUCCCGGCUGACGGACAGCGUAGAGUCUGCGAGUGACUACAUUAAACUUCAGGAGGAAUUCUGCACCAUCGCCCAGAAAGUCCACUCGCUGCUGAAGUCGGCCUUCAACACGGUGGCCAUCGAGAAGGAAAAGAUCAAACAGAUUCUGUCUGACCAGGAGCAGACGGACCAGUCGGCCCAGAUCAACUCUCUCAGGAAGUCUCUGUCACAGGCCCUGUCCCAAAACGCAGAACUUCGAACCCGACUCAACCGCAUCCACUCUGAGUCUGUCCUGACCGAACAAGUUGUCAGUGUGAACAUCAUCUCCACGCCUGAUGAGGCUGGAGAACAGAUGGGGAUCCCUCUGACUCAGCAGGCCUCUAAUGAGAGUCGACUCUCCAUGUCGGAGUCUGUCUCCGAAUUCUUUGAUGCCCAGGAAGUUCUUCUGUCAGCCAGCUCGUCGGAGAAUGAGGGCUCAGACGAUGAGUCAUAUGUCAGCGAUGUGAGCGAUAACAUUUCCGAGGACAACGCCAGCGUGACUGAUAACGUCUCCAGACAAAUGGCCAAUGGAGACUUUGCUGGCAGUGCCUUCCGUAACGGGCGGCGUAGCUGCCUGCCGGCGCCCUGCCCCGACACCAGCAACAUCAACCUCUGGAACAUCUUGAGAAACAACAUCGGCAAAGACUUGUCCAAAGUGUCCAUGCCGGUGGAGCUCAACGAGCCGCUCAACACCCUGCAGCGCAUGUGUGAAGAGCUGGAGUACAGCGAGCUGCUGGACAAAGCUGCGGAGACCGAGGAUCCCUUCGAACGCAUGGUUCUCGUUGCUGCGUUUGCCGUCUCAGGCUACUCAUCCACCUACUACAGAGCAGGAAGUAAGCCAUUCAACCCGCUGCUCGGAGAGAGUUAUGAAUGUAUUCGGGAAGACAAGGGCUUCUGCUUUUUCUCGGAACAGGUGAGCCACCACCCUCCCAUCUCCGCCUGCCACUGUGAGUCCAAGAACUUCACCUUCUGGCAAGAUGUGAGAUGGAAAAACAAGUUCUGGGGAAAGUCUAUGGAGGUUCUGCCGAUCGGGACUGUGAAUCUCAUGAUUCCCAGGUUUGGAGAUCACUAUGAAUGGAACAAAGUCACCACCUGCGUGCACAACAUCCUCAGCGGUCGACGGUGGAUCGAACACUACGGGGAGAUCACCAUCAGAAACACAAAGAGCAGCGCGUGCCUCUGCAAACUUACCUUUGUGAAGGGAAACUACUGGAGUUCUAACGUGAAUGAGGUGCAAGGGUUUGUGAUGGAUCAAGAAGGGAAAGUCAUCCACAGGCUUUUUGGGAAAUGGCAUGAGGGUCUUUACUGCGGGGUCCCACCUUCUGCCAAAUGCGUCUGGAGGCCAGGCUCCAUGCCCACAGACUAUGAGCUGUACUACGGCUUCACCAGGUUCGCCAUCGAGCUGAACGAGCUUUGCCCCGAGCUGAAGGAUGCCCUGCCCCGUACAGACGCCCGCUUCAGGCCCGAUCAAAGGCAUCUGGAGGAGGGGAACCUAGAGAUGGCCUCUUCAGAGAAACAGCGCAUUGAGGACAUGCAGAGAGUCAGGAGGAAGUGGAAUGAGGAGAACGCCAUCAGAAUGGAGCCACGCUUCUUCAAGAAAGUGGUUGAUUCCAAUCACAGGGAGAGGUGGGUCUCCAACAACCUGUACUGGGAGCUGCGCAAAAACCCCGGCUUCAUCAACAUGGAGUCUACGGUGAACCUGUGGUAGCACACGGAGAAACAUGCGUCCGUCACAUCGUCAUCGCAUGACAGCCGUAACCUAUGCACAAUGAGGUGUUGAGAGAGACGUGUGCAAACGUCCGUGUACAGGGGGACGAACGGCCGCAGAGCUGAGGGACGUCCUGAUGCCCGGAGACCCUGCAGAGGGCCUGCUGCCACACGGUCAUCCAUCCCUGGAAACAUCCAGAAGAGUCACCUUCAUUGUGCUUGUGGACGCUGGGUUGUCAGGGCAACAAUCGUACCCCUCCCAUGUAGAUCUCUCCUCGACUCCUUUGACUUCUGAGUAUGUCCUUGCCUUAAAAAGACACACGAUUUAGCGCUUUAUCGUCGAAGCCAUUUGAUUUCUGACAGCAGUUUGGGUUAGACUAAUCUAUGAAGUAGACCUUUUGAUUACCUACGAUACCUACGUGCAUGUUUAGAGAGCCGCUUUCACUGGCAUAAAGCCGCAUUUACUAUAUCGAUUAUCGUAGAAAAAAGGUAUUUUUAUAAAAUAUCUUGGACUCAGAUUUUAGUGAAUAGUAUCAUGUGAAUUGGCAGAUUUGAUUUUGUUUUGCCUUUUCUUUUUAAUACUGUUGAAUCUGUGUGAUAGCAGUACUCUCUCUCGGGAAACAACUCAUUCAAAUUUACUCUGCAGCGGAGAAGUGUGGCGUCCGUAGAUGGAGUAUUUUCAAACAGCGGCUCUUCAAAGAUGUAAAUCCUAUUCUGGUGUUUUGGACAAGUGACACAGGAGACCACGGAUGUUUUCUUUUUUCAAACGGUCAACACACAUCUGUCAUGGACUCCGUGUAAAUAGAGGGACCAUCUCAACAGCCCCACUUGUCUAAUUUUAAACGUUGCUACUUGAAACCGACUCUGGAGCACAUGGUUACACAAAUACACACAUAACUCCCUCCAUAUAUAGUAGGUGCACCCUAUAUUGACGUACUUACAAACCUCACACACUUUCCCCAUUCAAAGCUCUCAGAAAAGAUGGUGUAGUAGGUUGUAAAGACUGCGACGCCCUCAGAGACACUCGUGAUUUUGAGCUUUAUAAAUAGACUGGACAGUGAAACAUGAGGAAAACAGAUGCAUAUUUCCAGCACGAGGCAUGAUUCUCAUCUAUGUCCAGCUACAAAAGUCACAGUUAUUUUAAAAUGUUCAAAAAACUAACAAAUUAUUCAUUUUCUGAAAAAUAAAUAUACAAAUACCCAUCACAGUUUACCAAAGCAAUGCCUUUAAUUUACAUCCUUGCUCUGACUAACAACCAAAAAGAUAAAAUGAUAUGAAACAAAGAAAAAAAAAAAGUUACCAGCAGCUGUUUUGGUAUUUUUCUUACUUCAUCACUUCAAUUAUUAAAUCCAUCAUUAAAUAGGAAUUCAUUUUCUUUUGAUAAAUUACAUAAUUAUGUUAGCACUCCCAGGACUUGUUCGGCCUGAAAUAUAGUCGACACACCAGAGCCCCCUGCAGGCCGUCCAAUGAACAUACAGUUUCAGUAGGUCAACAAAAAAAACAUUAACUUAAAUGUUUAAUAUUUUAAAGCCAAACAAGUUGUGUACGGUAACAAUAUUGAAGAUUCUCAAUGUGUGUGAUUCCCCAGAGACUCUACUGCUAUGGUUUCUGCCAAGCACCAGUUUGCAUUUUGUGUAUUUAUUAUUGCAAAGCUGCUUUAAUGUUUGAACUAGUGUCCCCCUUUUGUGUUAAAGAGGAAGAAACUAUCUCUCUCACACACAGACACACACAGACACACACACACACACACACACACACAAACACACACACACACACACACACACACACACACACACAGACACAGUAGUACGACGUUGUGUAGGAGCUAUUUAAGUUGACUCCCCUCGCUUAGGGCGACGUCACAGCAGGAUUAUAAAUAUGAAGAAUGAAAACUAUGUGAAGCAAAUCCAUCCUGUGUGCACUGUUCAUACGGUACUGUAGAUCACAAACCAACACGGUAGAAAAACAAACAUCUCUUUUCUUUUUUCUAUGUGCUUUCAAUUGUAUCACAAACUCAAUGCUACAAUUUGUUGUCGUCGGUUUCACUUGCUGUGCCUUAAUGCAUUUAAUAAUGCCUCACACACACUACUGAUAGGAAACCCCAUGGCAAGAAGGUAUGCCGUAACUCCACACAUUCUCCAGGCUCAUCGAAUGAAAACAUAUACUGAGGAUAGAGUUGAGGGGUAAGUGAGAUGUCUAAAGUCUUUAAGAGAGAUGGGGGGGGGGGGGGUGGACUGUAAAACGCUUGCAGAGGUAAAAGAUGUUGUGCACUGCUCUGCUUCUCCAACAUGUAACCAAACCAGGUUUGGUGAUCACUGUAAAUACAGCACAUUCAGAAGAUGGGUCACGACUGCAGAAGCUGAUUUCUGUAUCCUCCUACAGCUUUCUUUUUUAAUAACAAGACUGAAUCCCAGCAGUUGUGAGUGGAUGUAGGAGAAAAGCUUUGCAUAGUGUUUGGCAUCAUAGUCAGACGGUAGUCCAAAAAAAAAAAAAUCAUGAUAACCUCUUCAUCACGAUUCUACCUGCAUGUCUAGACAACUUAGCCUGCCAAUGAAUGUUGCAGAUGCCUUAUUCAAAAAGAUGUUUUUAGUUUCCCGAUUUGACUCAUUGUUUGUUUUUAGAUUUGGACUGACAUUUAUCACGAAGCACUGUCGGCUCAGUUUCUUUCAAAUCGAUUUCCUGAUGAGUACCCUCAAAAGUGCAAUUUUAACGAAGUACAUAUCUUUCCAUGAACACUGUACACUGCUGCUACAUAGUGCUUGUUCUAAUAAAACUGUAAAACUCAGAA